AUGUCUAAAUACGAGACAAGACUUUUCAUCGAUGGAGAGUUUGUCAACUCCAUCUCCGGCAAAACUUUCAAGACCAUCAACCCUGCAACUGAGGAGGUCAUUUGCGAAGUGCAAGAAGCGCUUCCAGAGGACGUGGAUCGUGCCGUGAUCGCUGCAAACAAAGCCUUUGAACGAGGAUCGCCAUGGCGAGAGAUGGACGGCACCAAGAGGAGGGACCUGCUCUUGAAACUCGCAGACCUCAUGGAGCAGAACAAAGAGGAGCUUGCAGUGUUGGAGUCACUGAACAACGGCAAACCCGUCUCAUCAAGUCACGGCGAUCUUUCCCUAGCAAUCCAGCAUUUCCGUUACUUUGCAGGAUGGGCCGACAAGAUCGAAGGCAAAACGCUGCCAGUAGAGGGCAACUUUUUCGCUUACACAUGGCAUGAGCCGAUCGGACCAGUUGGACAGAUCAUUCCCUGGAAUUUCCCAGUGCUCAUGCUUGCUUGGAAGCUUUGCCCUGCUUUAGCUGCUGGAUGCACUGUUGUUCUCAAGAGCUCUGAGAAAACUCCGCUUUCCGCCUUGUACUGUGCAGGGCUUAUCCAACAGGCGGGCUUUCCGAAAGGAGUUGUCAAUAUUGUGUCUGGCUUUGGAGAUCCGACCGGAAAAGCAAUUGCCAGUCACAUGGACUUGAUGAAGAUUGCUUUCACUGGCUCGUCAAUGACUGGACGUCUGAUACAGAAGUAUGCAGCAGAGAGCAACAUGAAGAAUGUGAGCCUCGAGCUAGGAGGAAAGUCUCCUCUCAUCAUUCUGGAGGAUGCUGAUUUGGAGCAAGCUUUGGGUCUUGCUCAGCUUGGACUUUUUCUCAACCAAGGCCAAACGUGCUGUGCAAGCUCUCGCAUCUUUGUGCAGGAGAGCAUCUAUGACAAGUUUGUCGAGUUGGCGACUCAGCAGUCCAAGGCUAGGGUUCUUGGCGAUCCAAAUAACCCUGCAACCAUGCAAGGGCCACAGGUGGACAAGAUACAAUUCGAUCGAGUCAUGGGCUACAUCGAGAAGGGAAAGAAGGAAGGGGCCCGACUCACGACAGGAGGAGAAAGGUUUGGAGACAAAGGAUACUUCAUUCAGCCCACUGUAUUUGCCGAUGUCCAAGACAAUAUGGUGAUCGCCAAGGAGGAAAUCUUCGGUCCAGUGAUGUCUUUGAUGAAAUUCAAAACUGUUGAAGAGGUGAUUGACCGCGCUAACAACACCUCCUUCGGCCUGGCAGCUGGUGUGUGCACCAAGAACGUCCAGGUCGGCUUGAAGAUUGCAAGAGCUCUUCGAGCAGGAACUGUUUGGUUCAACUGCUUCAAUAACUUUGAUGCUGCUGUUCCUUUCGGAGGAUACAAGGAGAGCGGAAUUGGACGCGAGAAAGGACCUUAUGCUCUGGAAAACUAUUUGGAGGUCAAGAGCGUCAUGAUUCCUUUUGACCCAUAG